GAUUUGAUCUCAGAAUCAGAACAGCGAAGCAAGAGCUCCAGAGAGAAGUUCAUCCAAGAAGCCGACACUUGACACCUCCUAGAAGAUCUUCACCAUGAGACAGUCGCUCAUGUCCGUCAUCUUUGCCACAGCACUCUUAUUCAAGUGCUAUGGAGCAUUACCCAUGGGUAAGAUUGACGAUGGCUCCUUGGAGCAGGAUACUUUUUCCUCGCUGCUGAGCGACGAGGCAACGGAAAACAGCCUCAGCGACACAGAUCUGAGCACCGUGGGGAAAACCAGAGGGCCGAGGGUAAUAGUCGUUGCCGAUCCAAGCCUGUGGAGGGACCUGAGAGUGCUGCGCAAUAGACUUUCCCUGUACAAGCGGAGAGCUGACGACAACAGCCAGCUUGUUGACCACAGAGACGCCGGCCAGGACCUGAGCAUCCCCAUCCUGAGGAGAGACAACAUGAGGUGCAUGGUGGGACGGGUGUACCGGCCAUGCUGGGAAGUCUAGGACAGUUUGCUCUGCUCGUCAAGGCAUCAAACCAGAGGACCACCACCACAUCCUUUCCUGCCUCAUACUGAGCUGUAACAUAAUCCAUAAUUCUGUGUAUCUAUAUUUAACAUAUUGCAGAUCCGUGAAUAAAAAUCAUUGAAUUCUGCCUUA